AUGUCUCCCUCUUUGAAGAUUCUCAUCAGCGGUGGCGGAAUCGCUGGCGGCUGCCUUGCCUUUUGGCUGGCCAAACUCGGCCAUGACGUUACUGUGGUCGAGUGGUUUCCGACCCUUCGCGCUACAGGGCUUCAAAUCGAUCUCCGAGGACAUGGCAUUGAAGUCUUGAAGCGAAUGGGCCUCGAAGAAGGAUUCCGCGCCAAGUCCGUCCCCGAGCAAGGCCUACAGUUUGUCGACAGUUCCGGCCGUAUACGAGGCCACUUCCCGACCAACCACUCGGGAAGCGGAGUGCAGGACUUCACUUCCGAGUACGAGAUUAUGAGAGGAGAUCUGUGUCGCCUCUUCCAUGAUGCCACCAAGGGCCGCGCCAAGUACAUAUUUGGCACUUCCGUGGAAAAUUUCGAUCAGAAAAAUGGCGGCGUCGAUGUUACAUUCAAGGAUGGGACAACGGAUCAUUUCGACCUGCUGGUUGGUGCCGACGGCCAAGGAUCACGUACCCGCAAGUUGAUGUUCAAGUCCAGAGCGUCUGACGGCUUUUACCCACUCAGGGGAAUUCACGCCUCUUACUUCACAAUCCCGCGACCUAUACAGAAGGGCGAAGGCUACUACUCAACGGCUUAUUUCGCGACCAAGAGCCGAGUUGUAAUGAUUCGACGACACAAUCCGGAAGCGAUCCAGGCGUACACCCUCUUCACAUCGCAUGAUGAGGAGUUCCAGAACGCUCGACGAAGUAACGGAAAAGAAGCGAAGGACGUUGUUGCGAAAGCGUUCAGGGGUGCAGGAUGGCAGGUGAAUGAUUUACUGGAUUCGAUGUCCGAAGCCAAAGACUUUUACUGCGAGCGAAUCGGUCUAGUCAAGAUUGAUCACUGGUCCGAGGGACAUGUUGCCCUUGUCGGCGACGCGGCGUACGGCCCAUCCUCCAUGACGGGCAUGGGUACAACCUCUGCGGUUGUUGGCGCUUAUAUCUUGGCUGGAGAGAUCGGCAAGCACUGCGGAUCCGCAAACGGUCAGGAUGGCAUUGAAACGGCUCUACACGAAUACGAAAAAAAGAUGCGGCCAUUCAUGGACCAAGUGCAGGAAGGCAUCACCGAUGACGCCCUCGUGUAUAGGGUGUGGCCAACAGGACCGAUCGGGAUAGCAAUCUUGUACUGGAUCAUUGGAAUUGUCUCUUUCUUCCACAUGAACCUCGGAAAGUGGGCUCUGAAAGAAAGUGCGGUAAAGUGGGAUUUACCUGAUUACAAGGAGCUUUCCCUGGAUGAGAGUAGCCCGCAGGUUUAA